UUAUAAAAAUAUUAACAUUUAUUAGAAAUAAAUAACUAUAUUAAAUUAUUGAAAUAUGUUUAGAUAGGCACACAAUCAAAGCUGGAUUUUUACUGAUUUUAGCGUGCAACAAGUAUUUGGACCAAGUUUAUAUGUUCAUUUAUUGAUAAGUAUAAAAUCCUAGCUUCGAUUGAACUCUCAUUGUGUUUGUUUCAAUUUAAAGUACAUUUGAUCUCUCGCUAUAAAUCCGCUUGUCUCUCGCAAACGCGUACAUUUAAAACCAAUCAGAUAAAGGCGUGGUAAGAAGAAAUGAGCAGUGUACUCAUAGAAGGCAGUUUCUAUCCUUAUAGGUGUCCAUCUGUCCAUUCAGCCUGGCGAGAGAGGCACACAAGCGCGACAAUGGAUUCAAAGCGGCAUGAACGCAGCUCCAAGUCCAAUACAGAUUCACCACCUGCUCUACCUUCGCCUCCUCUGUAUAGUUCAAGUUAUACAACAUACGAUGGGUACAAAAACAGAAUAUCAUCACGUCGUUCACCGUCACCUUUGGAGUACAGAAGCAGUAGAACAUCCAGAAAUGAUUCGCCACAGGACAGACGUAGAAGAAGACGCAGUACCUCGAAAUCUCCGUCGAGUAGGUCGCACAAACGAUCACGAUCGCCUGACAUUAGGGAUAAAGAUCGAGACAGGGACAGGGAUCGAUCGAGGAAAUAUUCUAGAAGAGAUAGAUCAAGAUCCAGGUCAAGAGCAAGAUCACGUUCCAGAGAUAGGAGACGUAGCCGUAGCCGCAACAGGAGUAGAGACAGACAUAGAGGUAGAGAAAGCCGCAGAUACCAUAGGGCACCAUCUUAUGAAUCAGAUACUGCUGAAGAAAGUACCGAGACUACUGCAACGCAACCAAUUGUUCCUUCACAAUCUAAUGCUUUUAAAAAUGAUGGUAGCUUCAUGGAAAUGUUCAAAAAGAUGCAAGAACAAAUGCAACCUGCACAAAAACCAACCACUUCAGUUUUGGAAGAGAAAACUGUUGUUCCUCCACCUUUAAUGGUGGGCAAGAGGCGAGGAGGAAGAAUUUUAAAAACCGGUAUGGUUGCUAAACCAAAGACUGAACAAACCGUUGAACAACCUAAGGAUGCUUGGUCACUCUAUAUGGCUGAAGUGAAAAAGUAUAGAGAAGUUUGUUGCCAAGAAGAAGACAACACAAGACCAUUAGUUAAAUAGCUGAUUUUAGUUUUAUAUUCCAUUUUGUUAUUCUGCUUUAUCUAGAAUGAUUGUGGUUUCAAAAGAUGCUGUAUUUUAACUACAUCGUAAUUGCAUUUAAGCAUAAAACAGCUAAAAAGAAGAUUAACAAAAACAGACCUUUAUUAGUGCUAAAAUUAUUUAAAGUUUAAAUAUGCUUUGAGGUAAAGCAUUUUAUUAUUUGGUAAACAAGUACUAUGCAGAAUUAGUUUGCAAACAUGAAGAAGCUCGUUUUUUCAACUACUAAAUACAGUGUACAGUACAUAUGUUAACCAAAAAUCAUAAAAUACAUAUUUCAACUUAAAAAAAUCACUAUUAACAUAUUAUGAAAAGAAAGAGGAAGUAUAGUGAAGAAACAAUUAUUGUUUGUGAUAGUGUAUUUAGUGGUGCAAGAGACAAAUGGAUUAAAAGCGAGAGACAAAUAUGUAGAGAGUUUGCCUUGUAGCAAAAGAGGGAAGGGUAACAAUUUAUAGCACUUUCAAUAAACAUGAUAGAUUAAGUA